AUGCCUUCUAUUAACGGGAUCACGGCCACCAUAGAGACCCACGAUGGUCCACUCCCAGAAUUUGGUUGUAGUGAAUUUAGAGGUGGUAAGGGCUGUUAUAUCCCAGCACAAUCGGGACAGCAGUUCUGGUUACACUAUACAAUCCACAAACCGAUUCCUUGCAAGGCUGCAAGUGUGGAAUUUUAUGUGGAUGGACAAAGGGUCGAUGCUCAGUUCCCUCUCCCACGAAAGAACACUGACAAUUCUACUGUUGGUCCUAUUGAUUCGACCAUCAAAUCUCAAUAUGGUCGUGACAUAAACGCUGAUGGAGUAGAGGUUGCGUGGAGAAGGGAGAUUUUUUUCGCUCUUAUCAAGCCAGUUAAAGCAACCAAACCUCGUUGCAAAGUGAAAAGAACACCGACAUCUGCCGAGGCAGAACAGUAUGGUACUAUUGACUGCAAGAUCUUUCGAUCCGAGAAGUCACCCGAAUGGGCUGGCGCAGUAACACCUGAAGAGUUUCGCUCUCUUUCAGAUGCCACGAAAACGCUGAAAAGCCGGCCCCUCAGUCACGUUUCGAGGCUAGGUGUCAAAAUGGCUACUUCCACGUCAAAACGAUAUUGCGUAAAAAGCUUGGAUCCGGACGAUGCUCCCUUCGCAUGGUUCAAGUUCUACUAUCGCUCAAGGCAACGACUUAUUGAGAAGUUCGGACUUGAGCAGCUUAGAGGACUUUCCCUGCAAGGCGAGGAGGGCGAGCCUGUUUCCCAAUCCCCCACCAAUGCCACCCCUAAUGUACCCUCCCAAACACCCUCCCAGGCAUCCUCUCAGGCUCCUCCUCGGAUGCAGGCCCUUCCCCACGACCUUGGAGUAAGUCCCGACGGCGGAGCCGAUAACAUAGAUAGGGAAACAGGCCUGGAGCAUUCUGUUACUGAAGCUAAUAAAGGAGCUGAUUUAUUGGACACCUUUAUAGAAAAAUUAGAGGAGGAGCUGGCCUUAGCAGAAAAGGGUGGGUCUGUGGAAAACGACAAAAUUGCGGCUUGUCACGAGAAAAUUAGCAGGCUCCGCCAAAAUUCGGAGAAGUUGCGCCUUCGGGCUGUUGAGAUCCAGAAAAAGGCCGAUUUAGCCAAGCAUAGUAGUUUGGCUAACCACGCCGAAGAUACAAGUGUAUCUGGGGAGGACACUGGCAGCGAGGAGGAUGACGAUGGCAACUAG